AUGUUCUCUCCAGAACAAAGGAUAUUUGUUCACGAGUUUUUAUGGAACCGUAUUCGAUCUAAAUUGCCAUUGAAUUUCUCAGCUUCAUUAGCACAAUUUGUACCUAAUCUUCUAGCACAACAGGUCAUCUCCUUUGCUCAAGUAAAUGAAAGUGAAAUAUCAUACGAAUUACAAGAAGAUGAUUUCAAUUUUGUUGUUGAGGCAGAUGCAGAUUACACAGUUGGUCGAAAUGAAUCCAUUGAUCUUGAUUCAAUUCUUCCAAAGAUUGUUGGUCACGCUCGUAUUGAAAACGUUUUUGCUAUUCCAACAAAUUUCCUAGAAAAGAAAAUGGAUAGCUCGUUUGCCAUUGUUCGUUGA